AUGCAAAACUUCUCGAUAACCUCCGGCCCUCCAUCGGGCCCGAAGAACUAUGUCUUUGUCGAUGAACAUAACCGACACAAGCGUCUCAAGGUAAUGAGAGCCUGCGAAGGUUGUCGCCGCCGCAAGAUCAAAUGUGACUCGGCGACUACCAACACCUGGCCUUGCGCCGCCUGCGUCCGACUCAAGCUGCAUUGUGUACCACCAGCUGGCGGUCUUGAAGGCGAGACCGGCGACUCAGGCCCCGACAGUGCUGUGGAACAGAGCAUAGAGUCGCAACCCUUUGUCCAAAACCCAACACCGUCGCUUCAGCAAGCACCAAGCUAUGGACUGGCAACGCCGCCGUUUCCGGCGACACAAGCCGGCAACUUCGCGUAUGAUGCCUACGUCGCCAACUAUUCAAAGCCGCCCUACGACAUAACAGAGAAUGGCUACUAUCCCAACCCUCAGCAAUACCCUGGUGCCCUUGACGAUCAAUAUCAAGCCGGCGCUCAUGCUUUUCCCCAGUAUCAAGGCGAUCCUGACUCGCAGAGGGAGGAAAGGGCAGCAUCCACCCCGAUGGAUCAGAUGACAGCUGAAGAACUCAUGGAGUAUCUCGGUCAGCUUAAAAUCGGCGAAAAUGGCAUUGCGCCUUACUUGAGGCCUGAGAAAACUCAAGGCAAAGAUUCGGUCGCUCCAGUUAAUGAGCCGGAGGCCGAAGCCAAGAUUGCCGCAGCAUUCAGUACCGAUGCUGGCUCGCACAUUCGAAUACCUCCGGCGCUGAUGCCUUCGGACGAGGAGGCUUCCCAAGCCUUCCAGACCUUUUUCAGAGAUGUACAUCCGUAUGUUCCUGUCCUAAACCGAAGGCAGUUCUACGAUCAGUGGCGCAACGAUCGAGCGUCAAUAUCUCCUUUGAUCCUCGAGGCAAUUUUUGCGAAUGCAGGUCGACUAUCUGAUGACCCAGCGCAAGGUGCCCAGUGGCUAGCCCUGGCCAACAAACAUGAAGCGUGCUUCCUCGACAGUCCUCGUCUCAGUACGAUACAAGCACUUCUGCUGCUUCUCAAAGCGCGGGAGAGCGCCCCUAAACGUGGAUAUUACUAUCGAUCAUGGAUGACUUGCAAAACAGCAGUCACUAUGGCAAAGGACUUGGAGCUGGACGAGCACUACGAAGUUCAUACCAGUGGAGAGUCGUGCGGUUCUACCAAGAUCGAAUGCUUGACCAAGACUCGAUUAUGGCAGACACUACUUGUCUGUGAGACAAUGGUCGGCGGUCCACAAGGUCGCACGGAUCUCGGCGUGGAUCCAAAAUCAGUCGAUACCAGCGUCAAUCCUCCUUCUUCUGAUGUGGAUGACUUUGAGAAGGCAAUCUCAAGACAAUUUGCCUAUUUCGUUCGAAACGCUCGUAACAUUCGUCUCAUAACCGAUGUCUCCAUCAAGCUCAAGAAGAAGAAAGACUGGGGGCUAGAUCAAGAAUUCGUGGCGCAUAAUGUGGCGUUCAAGAAAUGGCCUGAUGAAUUACCCAAGGAUCUUCAGGUGACCUUUCCACAGGACGGGGGCGUACCGACACUGCCAUCCCAUUUCGUUGGAAAUAUGCAUUCACAUUACCAUCUCGCCAUUGUCAUGCUUCAUCGGCCGCAGCUCAAAGCUUCCGAGUCAUUCGGAGCCGACACUCAGUGGAGACAUCAUAUGAGUACUUGUUAUCAAUCGGCAAAGGCGCUUUGUCGCCUCCAGGAAGCGGUCCUGGCUCAGUACGAUCUCACAGGGUUGCUGUACAUGCAGAGGGGCAUCAACUUUACGAUCUACGCCAUCUUGACGUGUGUCAUGAUCCACCUGAUUGCCCUGUCGUCGCCGGACCCAGAAUACAAUCUAGAAGCCAAAGACUAUUUCGUCCGACACAUGCGCAUCUUGGAACGAUGUAUAGCCGCUUGGCCCAUGCCAGAGACUGAAGCGCAAAUCAAUUCCCUCCGAUCAGCGUUUUCGGCAGACGUGAACAAACCUUUUGAAUUGAAAGAGUCUUUCCCUCUUGGGUCGCCUUCCGACCAGUCGCGCCCGUCGCCGGCAUCUCAAGGCCCUUACGAGAAGCAGCAGCAGCAGCAGCAACAGCAGUCAACGCCACAAGUGUCUGUUAAAACCGAAAUCCAACAACCUCAACCCAAUUAUUUCCCCUCGCAUAUCCAGCAGAUGCGUGGGCCAGCUGGUUAUCUUGCCACCCCUCCCGUGUCUGCUUACUCUAGUGACUCUCAACCUCAGACACCCCUGUACGCCCAACAGUACGACGUUGACCAGGCCCAUUACACCAGCAUGCCAACGAGCGCGUACUAUCACCAGCAGGGUACCUCGGCGCCCGAACUUCAGUGGAACCCGACUCCCAUCAUCGACCAGUUCGACACGGCGUUCGCCAUCCCGCCGUCCCAACUUGCGCCUCCCCCAUCGUCGUUGUACGGAGGCAGCAGUUCGUCACCGCCAGGUGGCAGCAUGCAAAAUAUGCAGGCCAGUUUCACCUCGACAGGUUCGCCGACAUACGGAGGAAUCAACUCGCAGAAUUACCCCCAGCAGCAGCAGCAGCAGCAACAACAACAACAACAACACUACUUUGCGUCGCAGCCUCAGUCUUUUCCGGACCUGUCGUCCCCCGUGGCCGGCCACAUGGGUCAGCUUCCGGCCGCGUCGUCAUCUUCUUCGACCGCCUACCCGGCGUCCGGUGUGGGAGCGGGCAUGUUUGUCACGUCUCGACAAUGGCAGCAGAGCGUGGCAAAUGUCAUGGAUACUGGUGGUUUGAAGAGGAGAGGGGACUUUGAUCAGCAACGGCAUGGGUGA